CUAACCGCACACACAGAAAGGAGGAGAAGGUGAGGACUGGGAGACUGGGGGUGGGAGGGAGAGGAGGUCAGCUGUGAAACUCGGUGGGUAUUAGCACUGAGCCUGCUGCCUGUGUGAGUGUGAGGGGGAGAGCGAGAGAAAGGGAGGGAGAGAGAGAGGCAGGCUGUGAGAGGAGAGAGGAGAGGAGAGGGGGAGCGAGCCAGCGCUCCGCCAGCAUGAGGACGGGCUUCUCUUCUGUGCUCAGUUAAUCUGGCUGUCAGUUGGUGUUAACGCUGCCGUUUAAGUGCUCGGAUUCCAAAGGGAAACAGACAAACCUCCCAGAAGGAAAGAAGGAAGCAAGCAAGGAAGGCAGGAACUGCAGGAGGAAAAGAACAGGCAGAACAGAGAGAGGAAUCAAGGGAAGGGGGGGAAAUACCAAAUCUAUGACUGGACCUGGGCUUCUUUUUCGCCAAUGCAAAAAGGAAUAUGCAGCACAUUUUUGCCUUCUUCUGCACCGGUUUCCUAGGCGCGGUAGUAGGUGCCAAUUUCCCCAACAACAUCCAGAUCGGGGGAUUAUUUCCAAACCAGCAGUCACAGGAACAUGCCGCUUUUAGAUUUGCUUUGUCACAACUCACAGAGCCCCCAAAGCUGCUCCCCCAGAUUGAUAUUGUGAACAUCAGCGACAGCUUUGAGAUGACCUAUAGAUUCUGUUCCCAGUUCUCUAAAGGAGUCUACGCCAUCUUUGGGUUUUAUGAACGGAGAACUGUCAACAUGCUGACCUCCUUCUGUGGGGCCCUCCACGUCUGCUUCAUCACACCGAGCUUCCCCGUUGACACCUCCAAUCAGUUUGUCCUUCAGCUACGCCCUGAGCUGCAGGAUGCUCUUAUCAGCAUCAUCGACCAUUACAAGUGGCAGAAAUUCAUCUACAUUUAUGAUGCAGACCGGGGUUUGUCCGUCCUGCAGAAAGUACUGGACACAGCUGCUGAGAAGAACUGGCAGGUGACAGCGGUCAACAUUUUGACAACCACAGAGGAGGGAUACCGGAUGCUCUUUCAGGACCUGGAAAAGAAAAAGGAGCGGCUGGUGGUGGUGGACUGUGAAUCAGAACGUCUCAACGCUAUCUUGGGCCAGAUUAUCAAGCUGGAGAAGAAUGGCAUCGGCUACCACUACAUCCUUGCAAAUCUGGGUUUCAUGGACAUUGACUUAAACAAAUUCAAGGAGAGUGGAGCAAAUGUAACAGGUUUCCAGUUGGUUAACUACACAGACACCAUCCCAGCCAAAAUCAUGCAGCAGUGGAAGAACAGCGAUGCUCGCGACCACACCCGGGUGGACUGGAAGAGACCUAAGUACACCUCUGCGCUCACCUACGACGGGGUGAAGGUGAUGGCUGAGGCUUUUCAGAGCCUGCGGAGGCAGAGAAUCGAUAUAUCCCGCCGGGGGAAUGCUGGGGACUGCCUGGCUAACCCAGCUGUGCCCUGGGGCCAGGGGAUCGACAUCCAAAGAGCUCUGCAGCAGGUGCGGUUUGAAGGCUUGACAGGAAAUGUUCAAUUUAAUGAGAAGGGACGCCGGACCAACUACACCCUCCAUGUGAUUGAAAUGAAGCAUGAUGGCAUCCGAAAGAUCGGUUACUGGAAUGAAGAUGAUAAGUUUGUCCCUGCAGCCACCGAUGCUCAAGCUGGGGGGGACAAUUCAAGUGUCCAGAAUAGAACAUACAUCGUUACUACAAUCCUAGAAGAUCCGUAUGUGAUGCUCAAGAAGAAUGCCAACCAGUUUGAGGGCAAUGACCGCUAUGAGGGCUACUGUGUAGAGCUAGCAGCAGAGAUUGCCAAACAUGUGGGCUACUCCUACCGUCUUGAGAUUGUCAGCGAUGGAAAAUAUGGAGCCCGUGACCCUGACACCAAGGCUUGGAAUGGCAUGGUGGGAGAGCUGGUCUAUGGAAGAGCCGAUGUGGCCGUGGCUCCUUUAACUAUCACCUUGGUCCGGGAAGAGGUGAUAGAUUUCUCCAAGCCAUUUAUGAGUUUGGGGAUCUCCAUCAUGAUAAAAAAGCCGCAGAAGUCCAAGCCGGGGGUCUUCUCCUUCCUCGAUCCUUUGGCUUAUGAAAUUUGGAUGUGCAUUGUCUUUGCCUACAUUGGAGUGAGUGUCGUCCUUUUCCUGGUCAGCCGCUUCAGCCCCUAUGAAUGGCACAGUGAAGAGUUUGAGGAAGGGCGGGACCAGACAACCAGUGACCAAUCCAAUGAGUUUGGGAUAUUCAACAGUUUGUGGUUCUCCCUGGGAGCAUUCAUGCAACAAGGAUGUGACAUUUCUCCCAGGUCCCUGUCUGGCCGCAUCGUUGGUGGUGUCUGGUGGUUCUUCACCUUGAUCAUCAUCUCCUCAUACACAGCCAACCUGGCUGCCUUCUUGACCGUGGAGAGGAUGGUGUCUCCCAUCGAGAGUGCUGAGGACCUAGCGAAACAGACGGAAAUCGCUUACGGCACACUGGAAGCAGGGUCCACUAAGGAGUUCUUCAGGAGGUCUAAAAUUGCCGUGUUUGAGAAAAUGUGGACAUACAUGAAGUCAGCAGAACCAUCAGUUUUUGUGCGAACCACGGAGGAAGGAAUGAUCCGAGUGAGGAAAUCCAAAGGCAAAUAUGCCUACCUUCUGGAGUCUACCAUGAAUGAAUACAUUGAGCAGCGGAAACCCUGUGACACCAUGAAGGUGGGAGGUAACUUGGAUUCCAAAGGCUAUGGCAUUGCGACACCCAAGGGGUCCGCCCUGAGAGGUCCCGUAAACCUAGCGGUUUUGAAACUCAGUGAGCAAGGCGUCUUAGACAAGCUGAAAAGCAAAUGGUGGUACGAUAAAGGGGAAUGUGGAAGCAAGGACUCCGGAAGUAAGGACAAGACAAGUGCUCUGAGCCUCAGCAAUGUGGCAGGCGUGUUCUACAUCCUGAUUGGAGGACUUGGACUAGCCAUGCUGGUUGCCUUAAUCGAGUUCUGCUACAAAUCCCGUAGCGAAUCCAAGCGGAUGAAGGGUUUCUGUUUGAUCCCACAGCAAUCCAUCAAUGAAGCCAUACGGACAUCGACACUCCCGCGAAACAGUGGGGCAGGAACCAGCGGUGGCGGCAGUGGAGAAAACGGCCGGGUGGUCAGCCAUGACUUCCCCAAGUCCAUGCAGUCGAUUCCCUGCAUGAGCCACAGUUCAGGGAUGCCCUUGGGAGCCACAGGAUUGUAACUGGAGCAGAUGGAGACCCCUUGGGGAGCAAGCUCAAGCUCCCCCAAUUCCAUACCAAGCCCUUCAGUGCCAAAAACAGUAAAAUUGAA